AUGCCCGAGACGACAGGGACUCAAGCCCAUCCUCACACUUUAGAGGCUCAAGCGUCUGGAAUACCUGUCGUUCUUUGCCGACCCAACCCCGAACAGGCAACCGAGGUCGCGAAAUGGCAGGUAAAUUCGACAGUGAUGGUGAACCCUAAGAUUACAUGGUAUGAUGGUGAUAUGAUAGAGCUCCAAAUGCCAUCUGAGACAAUCUCAUAUGGCCCUCGACCGGUUUCGGAUUUCCCGGGAAUCAAGGCUUUUGCGCCUGUUAAUGACUCUACCGAAGAGUCUGGAGAUACUGAACCUGUGGAGGUAACGAAACUAUUUUGCCAUGAACUUAUUUCUGAAGGUAUUCGAAAGAGCUUGAAGGGAAAGGGUGUCGAGGUGGAGGAGUUUAGUACGUGGGAAGAACUCAAAUCUCAUAUAGAACAUAUUUAG